AUGUCUAACCAAAUCAGACCAUACAAGGUCGCGGUGACGGAGGAAGCCAUUAGCACGCUCCGAUCGAAGUUGCAGGCCGCAACGCUCCCAGACGAGGUUGAAUUCUCUGAUGACUGGGACCAAGGCACACCACGCAGUGAGAUCGCACGACUGGCCAAGCACUGGGCCGAUGGCUUCGACUGGCGAGCCCAGGAGGCAGAAAUUAACAGACUGCCUCAAUUCAUGACGACGGUGGAGCUCGACGGCUUCGGGCAAAUCGACAUGCACUCCGUGCAUCAGAAGAGUGAGAAGAAGGGGAGCAUACCUUUACUUUUCUCCCAUGGCUGGCCGGGUAGCUUUCUUGAGGUAGGAAAGAUCAUCCCACUUCUUACACGCAAUGCGGAUGGUCUUUCAUUCGACGUUGUGGCGCCCUCCCUGCCGAAUUUUGGCUUCUCGGGUGGCUCGAGACAGCGUGGCUUCGGUAUUGCGCAGUAUGCGGAAGCAAUGCAUAAAGUCAUGCUGAGUCUAGGUUACAAUAAAUACGUCACGCAAGGUGGAGACUGGGGCUUCAAGGUGACUCGAUUCAUGGGCAUCCAAUACCCAAAUCACUGCCUUGCUUCACACCUCAACAUGAUUUUGGCGAGCGAACCGGACAUGGUGAAGCACCCGAAGGAGUAUGCUCAGUACAACUCUGUUCAGCAGACUGCUACGGAGAAGCAGUUUGCAGAGCGGACAGCGUGGUUUAUGCAAGAGGGUUUGGGCUACAAUAUUCUGCAAUCCACAAAGCCAUCGACCAUUGGCUUCGCUCUCGCCGACUCGCCGGUCGCUUUGCUCGCUUGGAUAUAUGAGAAGCUACAUGACUGGACUGAUAAUUAUCCUUGGACGGACGACGAAAUUCUGACUUGGGUCUCAAUCUACCAAUUCUCUACUGCUGGGCCUGCGGCAAACGCAAGAAUCUAUUAUGAUAUCCAGAACUCCGCUGCACGGCCGUUCUCGGAUCAAGUACUCGAGUAUAACGACAAGGUCCUAUUAGGAUUGUCGUACUUCCCCAAGGACAUCCAUCUGCCUCCGCUGGCUUGGGGCAAGACGCUAGGGCCAGUGGUUUUCGAGGGCGUGCACGAGAGCGGUGGGCACUUUGCGGCCCACGAGCGACCGGACGAACUGGCGAAGGACCUGAGAUCGAUGUUCGGUGCGCAAGGAGGUGCAGCUAGCGUCGCUGCGCGGUUUGCUGGUACGAAAGGCUAG